AUGCUGCGCCUGGGGCUGUGCGCGGCAGCCUUGCUGUGCGUGUGCCGGCCCGGCGUGGUGCGCGCCGACUGCUGGCUCAUCGAGGGGGACAAGGGCUACGUGUGGCUGGCCAUCUGCAGCCAGAACCAGCCGCCCUACGAGACCAUCCCACAGCACAUCAACAGCACGGUGCACGACCUGCGGCUGAACGAGAACAAGCUCAAGGCCGUGCUCUACUCCUCGCUCAACCGCUUCGGGAACCUCACCGACCUCAACCUCACCAAGAACGAGAUCUCCUACAUCGAGGACGGCGCCUUCCUGGGCCAGUCGAGCCUGCAGGUCCUGCAGCUGGGCUACAACCGGCUGAGCAACCUGACGGAGGGCAUGCUGCGGGGCAUGAGCCGCCUGCAGUUCCUCUUCGUCCAGCACAACCUCAUCGAGGUGGUGACGCCGGCCGCCUUCUCCGAGUGCCCGAGCCUCAUCAGCAUCGACCUCUCCUCCAACCGCCUCAGCCGCCUGGACGGCGCCACCUUCGCCAGCCUGGCCAGCCUCAUGGUGUGCGAGCUGGCCGGCAACCCCUUCAACUGCGAGUGCGACCUCUUCGGCUUCCUGGCCUGGCUCGUGGUCUUCAACAACGUCACCAAGAACUACGACCGGCUGCAGUGCGAGUCCCCGCGCGAGUUCGCUGGCUACCCGCUGCUCGUGCCCCGGCCCUACCACAGCCUCAACGCCAUCACCGUCCUGCAGGCCAAGUGUCGCAACGGCUCGCUGCCCGCCCGGCCCGUGAGCCACCCCACGCCCUACUCCACCGACGCCCAGAGGGAGCCUGACGAGAACUCCGGCUUCAACCCGGACGAGAUCCUCUCGGUGGAGCCGCCGGCCUCGUCCACCACCGAUGCCACGGCCGGCCCGGCCAUCAAGCUCCACCACGUCACCUUCACCUCGGCCACGCUGGUGGUCACCAUCCCCCACCCGUACAGCAAGAUGUACGUCCUGGUCCAGUACAACAACAGCUACUUCUCUGACGUCAUGACGCUCAAGAACAAGAAGGAGAUCGUGACCUUGGACAAGCUGCGGGCGCACACGGAGUACACGUUCUGCGUGACCUCGCUCCGCAACAGCCGCCGCUUCAACCACACGUGUCUGACCUUCACCACGCGGGACCCCGUCCCCGGCGACCUGGCGCCCAGCACCUCCACCACCACGCACUACAUCAUGACCAUCCUGGGCUGCCUCUUCGGCAUGGUGCUCGUGCUGGGCGCCGUGUACUACUGCCUGCGCAAGCGGCGCAUGCAGGAGGAGAAGCAGAAGUCCAUCAAUGUCAAGAAGACCAUCCUGGAGAUGCGCUACGGGACCGACGUGGACGCCGGCUCCAUCGUGCACGCCGCCCAGAAGCUGGGCGAGCCCCCAGUGCUGCCCGUGGCCCGCAUGUCCUCCAUCCCCUCCAUGAUCGGGGAGAAGCUGCCCUCCUCCAAGGGGCUGGAGGCCGGCCUGGACACCCCCAAGGUGGCCACCAAAGGCAACUAUAUCGAGGUCCGCACAGGCACCGCCGGGGACAGCCUGGCCCGGCCCGAGGAUGACCUCCCAGACCUUGAGAACGGCCAGGGCUCGGCCGCCGAGAUCUCCACCAUCGCCAAGGAGGUGGACAAGGUCAACCAGAUCAUUAACAACUGCAUCGAUGCCCUCAAGCUGGACACGGCCUCCUUCCUGGGGGGUGGUGGCAGCGGUGGGGACCCCGAGCUGGCCUUCGAGUGCCAGUCCCUCCCCGCAGCGGCCGCGGCUGUGGCGGCCGCGACCUCCUCGGUGACGGCCACCCCGGGAGCCCUGGAGCGGCCCAGCUUCCUGUCGCCUCCCUACAAGGAGAGUGCCCACCACCCACUCCAGCGCCAGCUCAGCGCCGACGCCGCCGUGUCCCGCAAGACCUGCAGUGUGUCCUCCAGCGGCUCCAUCAAGAGCGCCAAGGUCUUCAGCCUGGACGUGCCCGACCACCCGGCGGCCUCGGGGCUGGCCAAGGGCGACUCCAAGUACAUCGAGAAGGGCAGCCCCCUCAACAGCCCGCUGGACCGGCUCCCGCUGGUGCCCACGGGCAGCAGCGGGGGCAGCAGCGGGGGCGGGGGCGUCCACCACCUGGAGGUGAAGCCGGCUUACCACUGCAGCGAGCACCGGCACAGCUUCCCGGCCCUCUACUACGAGGAGGGGGCCGACAGCCUGAGCCAGCGCGUGUCCUUCCUCAAGCCGCUCACCCGCUCCAAGCGGGACUCGGCCUACUCGCAGCUCUCCCCCAGACACUACUACUCAGGGUACUCCUCCAGCCCUGAGUACUCGUCCGAGAGCACGCACAAGAUCUGGGAGCGCUUCCGGCCCUACAAGAAACACCACCGGGAGGAGGUGUACAUGGCUGCUGGCCACGCCCUGCGCAAGAAGGUCCAGUUCGCCAAGGAUGAGGACCUGCACGACAUCCUGGAUUACUGGAAGGGGGUCUCGGCCCAGCAGAAGCUGUGA